AUGGGAAACCAGAGCAUCUCUACCUGUGACUGUGAGUGCAGAGCAUUGCCAGUGUGGAUGAUCCUUGUGCCGAGGGAUCUGGGGGGUUCACGUCGACCUUGUCCCUUCUUUUUCACAGGGGGCCGUGCUGGAGGAACAGGGAACAUCAAGACCUUGGGGGACACGUACCAGUUUGCAGUGGAUGUCAGCGACUUCUCCCCCGAAGAUAUAAUCAUCACCACGUCGAAAAACCAGAUUGAAGUCCACGCAGAGAAGCUGGCAGCCGACGGGACCAUCGUGAACACCUUCACCCACAAAUGCCAGCUGCCCGAGGAUGUGGACCCCACUUCGGUCACCUCUGCCCUGGGCGGGGACGGCUCCCUGACCAUCAAGGCUCAAAAGCGCCCUGGCAAGCACAUCGAGCACGUCCAACAGACCUUCCGGACUGAAAUCAAAAUCUGAGCAUCCCCCAUCGCCCCAUAGCAGCUGGGGGACGGCCGGAGAUAGGCCUGGGGGCGGUGAGGUGGGGUUGGUUGGUUGGUUUCGGAAGGUGAGGCGAAGGGGUUGGGCUCACCACUCCCCCCUUUUGGGGCGUUCUCCUUUGUAUAUAAUAGAUUGCCUUUGGUUUGUUAUAAAUUAUUGGGGAUACCAGUA